AUGGCCACCACCGUCACCUCGUCGCACGAGCCUGAGAUUAGCGAAAAGAACAUCGCGACUCACGGCAUCGACAUCGAAAAGAGCCCUUCCAACGAGCCUCAAGAAAAGGACGAGGAGUCCGAUGGCACCACCUUCAAGCAGAAUGGUGUCAAGGGCAUCGAGGCCACCACCAGCGUGUGGGACUACAAGACUCUCUGGCUGAUGUUUUGUCUCCUGUACCUGGUCUCCUUCUCCGACAAGCUGCUCAUGUCCAUCCAGAGCAACUUGAACCCCUACAUCACCUCCUCCUUCGAGGAGCAUGGCCUCACCCCCACCGUCAGCAUCGCCGCCACCAUUCUCAGCGGUGUGCUCCAGAUGCCCAUCGCCAAGAUCCUCGACGUCUGGGGUCGUGUCGAGGGCUUCAUCGUCCUCAUCUUCAUCAACGUCCUCGGCAACAUCAUCAAGUGCACCUGCCAAAACAUGUUCGCCUACGCCGCCGGCCACACCAUCUACUGGGCCGGCCACAUUGGUCUGCUCUACGUCAUCGACAUCAUGCUCGCCGACAUGACCACCCUCCGCAACCGUAUCAUCAUCUACGGCCUCAACGGCACCCCGCUCAUCGCCACCACCUUUGCCGGUCCCAAGAUUGCCGAGCUCUUCUACGAGCGCGUCAACUUCCGCUGGGCUUUCGGCGCCUUCAUCAUCAUCCUCGUCGCCUUUUGCAUUCCCGUCAUCAUGGUCCUCCUCUGGCACAGGCGCAAGGCCUACAAGCAGGGUCUCCUCGUCAAGGAGUCCUCCGGCAGGACCUGGUACCAGUCCGUCUGGUACUACACCAUUCAGCUCGAUGCCUUGGGUCUGCUGCUCUGCAUGGUCGGCUGGGCCCUCCUCCUCCUCCCCUUCAACCUCGCCUCCAGCGCCGGCAAGGGCUGGAAGAACGCCAGCAUGAUUGCCAUGGAGAUUAUCGGUUUCUUCACCCUCGUCGCCUGGGUUGUCUGGGAAAAGUACUUUGCUCCCAUUCAGAUGCUUCCCUUCCGCUACCUCAAGGAUAGGACCAUCAUCGGUGCCUGCUUGCUCUACGGAAUCAUGUUCUGCUCCAUUUUCUGCUGGGACUCCUACUACUACUCGUACCUUCAGGUAGCCCACGACUUGGAUAUCAGCACCGCCGGCUACGUCCUCAACUCCUUCUCCCUCGCCUCCGCCAUUCUUUCCCCUUCAUCGGAGUUGUUAUCCGAUACACCGACCAGCGUCGCCCUCCUCGUCAUGUGCCAAGUCUUCAACGGUAUCGGCACCGGUAUCUGGGCCUCGUGCGCCCAGCUCGGUAUCAUGGCCAGCGUCGACCACCAGCAGAUCGCCAUCUGCCUCGCCCUCUUCGGUCUCUUCGGCUCCAUCGGCGCUGCUCUCGGUUACGCCAUCGCCGGUGCCCUCUGGGUCAACAUCCUCCCCGCCGCUCUCAUACGCGAGCUUCCCGAGGGCAGCAAGGAUCUCUGGUCCGAGAUCUUCAGCUCUCUCGUCAUCCAGCAGCAGUGGCCCGUCGGCGACCCCAUCCGAGACGCCAUCAUCCGCGCCUACGCCGAUGUCCAGAGGAAGAUGGUUAUCGCCGGUUCCGCCCUCGUCCCCCUCAUGGUCAUCUGCAUCAUCAUGUUCAAGAACACCAACGUCAGGAAGCUCGAGGAGGAGAAGGGCAAGCAGACCAAGGGUGCUGUCUUCUAA